CCUCCGACGCUAUGAAGGCCGCCUCCUCCCCGCUCCGCCUCCGUGCCGCGCUCCUCCUCCUCCUCUCCUCCCCGUCCCCGCGUCUCGCGCUCCCAAUGAACCCCUCCUCCUCCUCCCCCGGCGGCGGCGGCUACCACUCCAAGGCCGCCGCCUUCGCCUCCCCUCAGCCGCGCGGCGGCGGCGGCGGGGACAGGCGACGCGGCGGAGGGAGAGGCCACGGCGGCGAUGGCGGCGACCGCAUCGAUGCCCUCGGCCGCCUUCUGACGCGGAUCUUGCGGCACAUGGCGUCGGAGCUGAACCUGGACAUGAGGGCCGACGGCUACGUGCGGGUUCGCGACCUGCUCAAGCUCAACCUGCAGACCUUAGCCAAGAUCCCUCUCAAGUCACACACCGUCGAGGAGAUUAGGGAGGCGGUCAGACGGGAUAACAAGCAGAGGUUUAGUCUGCUGGAGGAAGAUGGUGAGCUGCUGAUACGAGCAAACCAGGGGCACACGGUAACGACAGUCACUUCAGAGAGCUUGUUGAAACCCAUCCUAUCAGCUGAUGAAGUCUCAGUUUGUGUGCAUGGAACAUACAGGAAGAAUCUUGAUUCGAUCUUGCAGCAUGGGCUAAAACGAAUGGCAAGGUUACAUGUACAUUUCUCAAGUGGCUUGCCGACAGAUGGGGGAGUGAUCAGUGGUAUGCGACAGAGUGUUAACAUCUUGAUAUAUUUGGAUGUCAGCAAGGCACUGCAAGAUGGAAUGAAGCUGUACAUUUCAGACAACAAGGUGAUACUGACAGAGGGCUUCGAUGGCGUCGUUCCUGUCAAGUACUUUGAGAAAAUUGAAACAUGGCCAGGGAGAGCACCUGUACCAUUUCACAAAUAGGGACCGUAGUACUGUUGUAAUUUGCGUAUGCGUAUGGCCACCUGUUCAGAAUUCAGAUAAUGGGUAUUAGCUCAUUGUAGUUUGAGAAUGAGGCUAGAGGUAAACAUUUAUACGCGAUUCUUAACAUGUGGAUUGUCAAUUACAACUCCCGUUUAUUCCAUGCAUCGUCUGUGCAGCUGGCUAUUACUGAAUGCAUGUUGUUGUAUGCA